AUGUGCCUGUUGCUCUUUUGUUUAGCUGCAACGUCCGAUUAUGUGACAACAUCGGCCCCACAAGCACCUUCCCUCUGGGAACGUUUCAAGAAAGCCGUCGCCAAUUUAUUCGGAUACGGUGGCCAAACGGCAACUGAAACUACACCUAUACCAGCUGCAACCUCCAAUUAUGUGACUACACCGGCCCCAAACACACCUUCCCGCAAAUCGACAAGUGAGACAUCAUCCUCUGGAACAACACCAACUGCAGUCAUUACUGUUGCGUCAACCACGACAGCCAAAUCCACCAUCAGUCCAGCCACUCUCACAACUGGGGGUUGCAUGAGACGAACUAACAGUCGAGCAUUUGUGAUUGAUCUAUUGCUCUUGUUGCUGAUCCCAAUGGUGCUCAUCUAA